AUGGACCCUCUAAAGUACAUGAUGGAGUCAACUGUUCUAAAUGGAAGGAUGACCCGAUGGCAAAUUCUGCGUUCUAAGUUUGAUAUAGUCUAUAUGAACCAGAAGGCAGUAAAAGGGGGUACAAUAGUAGAUUUUCUAGAUAGUAGAGCUUUGGAAGAUUACAAGCCUUUGAACUUUGAUUUCCCGAAUGAAGAUCCGAUGUAUGUUGCAACCACUGAAGAAGAUACUCAAGAAGAACAUCUUUGGAAACUAAUUUUUUACGGAGCGUCAAACGCUAUAGGGAACAGAAUCAGGGCAGCCUUGGUAUCCCCAAACGGAGAUCAUUAUCUCUUUACUAGUAAAUUGGAUUUUGAUUGCACAAAUAAUAUGGCAAAAUAUGAAGCAUGCAACAUGGGUAUUUAUGCAGCCAUAGAACGCAAGAUCAAAGUACUGGAGGUAUGUGAGGAUUCUGCAUUAGUGAUCUAUCAACUUAAGGGUGAAUGA